CGAGGAAACAUGCAAGAAUACGCAGUCAGAAAUUUCUCCUACUCUAGCUUCAUCCUGAUUGGCUUCUCGGGACCAAAAGAGUGGAGACAACUGCUCUUCAUCCCAUUUCUCCUCAUGUUUUUAAUAUCUGUUGCUUCAAACUCUAUGCUUAUGUUUAUAAUUGUAUCACACAAGGCUUUGCAUUCUCCAAUGUGUCUGCUGAUAUGUGUCUUGUCCUUUGUUGACAUAAGUGUCGUAAUCUUCGCUGUUCCAAACAUGCUUUUCAGUCUCCUGCUGAACUGGAACCAUAUAUCUCUGUUGGGUUGCCUGGUUCAGAUGUUCUUUGUUCAUAUAGCUGGUGCCUUCCAGUCUACCAUUUUGCUGUGGAUGGCACUGGAUCGAUACUUUGCCAUCUGCACUCCACUUCAUUACAACGAACACAUGACCUUUUCUGUUUUCCUGAAGUUCGUCAUUAUUCCUUCCCUGAGAAAUAUCAUUUUGAUUUUAGCAAUAGUAGGCCUGGCUGGCACCCUGCAAUACUGUCAGUCCAAUGAGAUCGACCACUGUUUCUGUGAGCACAUGGCACUGGUCACGCUGGCCUGUGGCCCCAUAUAUGUCAACAAUGCUGUAGGACUGAUUACCAUUUUCUGCAUCCCAGCAACUGAUUUUCUUUUAAUUAUUGCCUCCUAUAUAAAAAUUUUUGUCUCCGUAUUUAAGUCAGGUAAAUCUAGUCCGAAAGCUCUAAGCACUUGUAUUACUCAUAUUAUGGUCAUGACUGUAAGCAUAAUUUUUCUUUUAACAGCAUUCCUUUCAUAUAGAAUAAAGAACAACCUCUCAUCUAACAGCCAUGCCAUAAUUAGUAUUAUAUAUUUACUUGUGCCUGCCUGUUUCAAUCCAAUCAUUUAUGGUAUCAGGACAAAAGAAAUACGGCAACAAGUCAUGAAAAAAAUGAGGUGUGGAAAAGUUGCUCAGUUACACUAA